AAAGAGCUCACCGCUACCAGCUUCCGGUUAUUAGCGGCUUGUCACAGCGAAUGACGGCGUCUCGGUUUAGUUUAUUCUCUCGGAGCGAAGCCACUGAAACAGGAUUUUAUACUUUAAGGAACGUAUUUUGAUCCUAAGGAACUCUUUAAACCGUGGAUAAUUUUUUUUCUAGCUUUAAAAAAAACCCGAUUAAAAACCACAUCUGGAUGAAAACAAGCUGUCACCUUUAAGGGAGCGUUCACUGGCACCACGAAUUCGUGUUGAUUACGGUUUUCCAGUCGUAGAGUCGUGUUUUUACUCCUCGAGCUGUCUUCUGUUCUGUAUAGAAACCCGUGGGAAUUGAUUUUAUGACGUUUAAAUAGAGGAAAGAUGUGUUUUUGGUUUGUCAGGCUGACAGAUUCUUUUAAAUGUGUAUAUAUGUAUAUAAUAUAUAUACAACAAAUAUACAAACAUAAUGAGUACAUUACGGUGUAGGUGAUUUUUACAGGUGAAGGAAAAAAACAUCAGAAAGUUAAAUCUGUGCUUUAGUUUGAUUUGAUCUACACCAGCAGGUGUAUCGAUGUUAGGUUUAGUUCCAGAUGUGAGUCGUGUGGUUUUGUCACCUUGUGAAUAAUCAGCAUGUGUCAGGUGUGUUUCUGUGGAUCCGGGUUUGGCCGCAGGUGACGGAGGUAGGCGGGUGUGCUGAACGUCCCAGGUGAUGGUUGAAGUUAAACAAGCUCGUGUUUACGUCCUCGAUCCGAGCUUCGUUUUCGAAUGAAGAACCUGGUGAAGAACCCGUGGGAACGCUGACGGCUGAAGGAGACACGGUUCGAUAGUCAGAUCCGUGGCAUUAUUACUAUUAGUCCAACUUUAUUUAUUUAUUUAUCUAUUUAUUUAUUUAUGCAGCGUUUGUGCACGUUAAUAAGAGCGACGAGUGAGAAGUCAUGACACGCUGUCGUGACUCCGCGGUGUAGUAAAGUGGUGUAUUAAAGGUGUUCGGACGCUUCGUCGGGCGACGAUGUCACCCGUUUCCAUGCUGCUUCUGCUGCUGCUCGGGUUCUCCGUCCGGCUCUCGGAAAGCAUGAGCAGAGAGGAGAAGCACAAGCUGAGAAAUCAAGUGCUGGAGAUGUUUGACCACGCUUAUCAGAAUUACAUGGACCAUGCCUACCCAGCAGAUGAGCUGAUGCCUUUAACAUGUCGAGGUCGAGUACGAGGUCUGGAGCCGAGCCGAGGGGACGUGGAUGAUGCUCUGGGAAGGUUUUCUCUCACCCUCAUCGACACACUGGACACUCUCGCGCUGUUGAAUAAGAGCAAGGAGUUUGAGGAAGCGGUGAAGCGAGUGGUGAAGGACGUGCGACUGGACAACGACAUCGUGGUGUCUGUGUUCGAGACCAACAUCCGAGUGCUGGGAGGGCUGCUUGGAGGUCACUCCAUGGCGGUAAUGCUGAAAGAGAGAGGACAGCACAUGCAGUGGUAUCAGGACGAGCUCCUGCACAUGGCUAAAGACCUGGGACUGAGACUCCUGCCUGCCUUUAACACCAGCAGCGGCCUGCCUUACCCCCGGGUCAACCUGCGUCACGGGGUUCAGGGUCCCGAGACUCGGACGGGUACGGAGACAGAAACCUGCACCGCCUGCGCGGGCACCAUCAUCCUGGAGUUUGCCGCUCUGAGCCGCUUCACCGGAGACCCCACGUUCGAGGCCCACGCUCGGAGAGCUCUCGACUUCCUGUGGGAGAAGAGACAGAGAAACAGCAACCUGGUGGGAACGACCAUCAAUAUCCACUCGGGGGAGUGGGUGCGCCGAGACAGCGGAGUCGGAGCCGGGAUCGACUCGUAUUACGAGUACCUGCUGAAGGCCUACGUCCUGCUGGGGGACGACCAGUUACUUCAGCGCUUUAAUAUACACUACGCGUCUAUAAUGAAGUACAUCAGUCAGCCUCCUCUGCUGCUGGACGUCCACAUACACAAACCCCUGCUGCCUGCACGCACAUGGAUGGACUCACUGCUCGCCUUCUUCCCCGGGCUGCAGGUGUUAAAAGGAGACAUCCGCCCUGCUAUAGAAACCCAUGAAAUGCUGUAUCAGGUCACCAAGAAGCACAACUUCCUACCUGAAGCCUUCACUACAGACUUCAGGGUUCACUGGGCACAGCACCCACUGAGACCCGAAUUUGCCGAGAGCACCUAUUUCCUUUACAAGGCCACCAGGGACCCGUAUUACCUGGAGGUGGGACGCACUGUUCUGGAAAACCUGAACCGCUUCGCUCGGGUCCCGUGUGGCUUCGCCGCCAUGAAGGACGUCAGGACCGGAAGCCACGAGGACCGCAUGGACUCGUUUUUCCUGGCCGAGAUGUUUAAGUAUCUCUUCCUGCUGUUUGCCGAGGAGGACGAUUUACCCUUCGACGUGGAGGACUACAUCUUCACCACCGAGGCCCACCUGCUCCCCUUGUCCCUCUCCAUCGCUUCUCGCUCACACCCGCCCCCUGCAGGCAACACCACAGUACUGCACGCUCCGACGCCGGCGGAGCUCGACGACUCGAACUUCGAAUGGACCUGUCCCAACACCCGCCUCCUUUUCCCUGACCCCGCCUACCCACACAACCUCCGCGAGCCGAUCAGGAGUGCGGUGGACAAGAGUUGUCCCCGCCCCCUUCCCCCACGAGAGCCAGGAGUGGGCCGUGCUCCGCUGAGAGCUCAAGACUUCAUGGCUAAUAAUCCGGAGCACCUGGAGCUGCUGAAGAGGAUGGGGGUCACGCUGAUCCACCUGAAGGACGGCAGAGUGCAGCUCGUACAGCACGCCGCACAGGCGGUGAGCGCUGUAGCUGCUGAGGAUGGCAUGCGCUUCAUGCAGGAGAUGAUGGAGCUCUCCAGCCAGCAGCAGAAAGAGCAGCUCCCCCCCCGCGCCGUACAGAUCAUCUCACACCCCUUUUUCGGAAGAGUGGUACUGACCGCCGGACCUGCGCAGUUCGGGAUGGACCUUUCUAAGAACAGCUUCGGGGUGCGAGGUUUCGUGGCCGUCGCCGAGCCUUACUCCGGCUGCGCCGAGCUGAGCAACGGCGAGUUUGUGGCCGGACGUAUCGCUCUGCUGCAGAGGGGACAAUGCAUGUUUGCAGAGAAAGCCAGAAACAUUCAAAAGGCUGGAGCUAUCGGAGGAAUCGUCAUCGACGAUAACGAGGGCAGCAGCAGCGACACGGCGCCGCUCUUCCAGAUGGCAGGAGAUGGCCGGAGCACCGACGACGUUACUCUGCCCAUCCUCUUCCUGUUCCAUAAGGAAGGGAACAUCCUGCUGGAGGCCCUGAAGGAGCACAACGAGGUGGAGGUGCUGCUCAAUGAGAAAGCCCGAGACCGAGGUGGAGACGAAACAGAGGAAGGAGACGAGGAGGAAGGCUGCUGCGAAGAGGACCACAGUCACUCCGCCCCCUCAUCAACACCUGACCAAUCACAGUCCACAGCUCAGGACCAAGUGGAAGCGGGUGAGGAGGCAGGAAAGCCAGAGGAGGGGCUUAGCAACGACAUACCUCUGAGUGUGGGGGAGGAGCCUGUAGAGGACGAUGAUCCUAACGACCAAUCGGUGGACUCGAUAAUGGCUGAUUGGCAGGAGGACCUGGAGGCGUUUAAACAGAUGGAGAACGAUGAACUUUGACCUCAGGAUGCAGGGACAGAUCGCAGAACAGAGCCAUAAAUAUUUUAAAGAAACUUUUAAGGAACACAUCCGGAGUACAGGACAGAAGACGGAGACCUCAUUCUCAGGUGCUUUUACUGGAGCAGAAAUCUUUAACCUCCACCUGAACCAAACUCAAGACCAAACCGUCUCAUCUUGUCUCUCGUCUCGCUUCUCGUCUUACCGGACGUCUUCCUUCUUCCGAAUCGGUGUAUGUUAAUCCGCGGGGUUGACGUUAAUUUGAAGUGAUUUACAGACCGAACGUUAACAAACAGAAGGAGUUUACACGGUCGUUACUGUCAUUAUACGGCGAAAAUCAAAAGACGGUCCGGACUCUUCGGAACGAUCGGACCGGAUGUGUAUAUGUAGUUUUUACGUACGUUUGAUUUUUGUGUCUGUUGUUUCUGGAACAUUUGACCAGAGAGUCAAACUUUUAGUUCUGAGAUUUGAUUCUCACUCGUAAAGGAACGGUUCAUCGUAAAAUCGUUAGGUUUACUCAGUGUACCUGUAACAGCAUGCCUCCAUAUAGGACAUUUGUGAUGAUGAAUUGGCUCCAGAUCCAUGAGCAAGCACUUACACCGUGCAAAUGAACGUGUGUCAUAAAAGUCAGGACUAAACGCAUAUAAAACUGAGUUAAAAUAACACCAAGGCCACGAUCUGCUAAUAAUAAUAAUAAUACCCAAGUACUUCACGUGCGUCACACGGCGUCACCGUGGAGCCGAAUGACUGAACCAACCCUGGGGAUUAUUUUAUCGUUUUGACUUCUAGUAUGAAGGCUUAAGCAAAAGUAGGGAGCAGAAAAAGGCCUGAAGCUAAAAUUUGUACAACCAGAUUAUGCUUGUUAUUGCAAAAAAAUGUUUAUGCGUGAAGAUUAUUUUUGUUUUUUGUUUUUUUUUUUCUUUCAGAGGCUAAAAAAUUCACUUUGUAAAGACUUCCAUUACCUGCCAGCUUCACUUACGAACCCCGCGAAAGGAAAAAUGUUAGAUUUUAUAUAUUUUGGUGAACCGUUCCUUAAACGCUCGAGUAACGGACGAGGGUUGAUAUUUGGGGGGUUUUGGGAACCAGUCAGAGAAAAGAACAAACCCAGUUGUCAAAUUUGCUGCUAACUUGGGAAGAACUGUUUGAGGACCAGGCCCUGUGUUUGUGUUUAGCGUUCAUCAGCCCACGUGUGUGUGUGUGUGUGCACGUGUGUGUGCACGUGUGUGUGCACGUGUGUGUGCACGUGUGUGUGUAUGUGUGUGUGUCCUGGAGAGUAAAAAGGCACGGACUGAAAAGAAACGCAUCUCUUCUAUCAUUGACACCCAAAAAACACCCCCCAAAAAACAAAAACCUUCCAUCGUCCUACAGGGGGCGCCGUUUCCACACCAUUCACUGACUGAAAAAGGAAGGACCAGGCUUCAGGACAUCAUAAAACUGAACUUAAUAAGAGAUAAAUGACGGUUUCACACUUUUUAAAUGACGAAAUUUGUAUGAAAAGGUGGAAAUCCGUGCACUGUGUGCAAUAAAGGGCAGAGGCAUGUUUGAUUUUAAUGGA